GGCAGGACCGACGCCGCCCUCGCCCCCGUGUGAAGCUAAACAAGACCCGCAGAGCAAUCGCGAGAUUGGGAGAAAGCAAUCGGAGGGAUCGAAGAUCGUCGCGGGACACUAACUGGAUGGUCGUCGAGCGAGUCGACUUUGAAAAUCGAGAAAAGAUCAAACUCGAGCGAAGGGCAUUUCUUUCAAAGGGCCGAUUUAGAAAAGAGAUAGAGAGAGAGAGAGAUCGGCAAAGAGAAGAAAGGUUCAAGCAAAAGAGAAAAUUGAUGCAGAUAAUAUUUCCGUAGUUGAGAAUAGUCGAGCAGUCCAUCUAGUGGCUCUGGAUUUAUACAAUAUGACAGAAUAAUUUUAUCAAGUACAGAAUGCACUGAAUACAUGAUGAUUGUGAGAAUCGAAUUGAUCGCGUAGAAAGAAGGCAACAACAGAAAAUAAUAAAAAGAGUAAAUUAUACGCGGAGAGUAUCAUUUUACGAAAUAUGAAAAUACACGAAGCGAUUGUAAGAAUGAGAGUUGAAUAGUUUGAAAAAAAGAAUGUAAAUAUAUUAUCAGAAACAAGCUUUGAAAAAAAAGAGUCUAAUCGCGAGAAAAGAACCUACUGGACAAAACAAACGUGCCACUGCCAGAAUGUCAUCGUCGACGAAAAUUAAAGAUGCCAGGCAUUACAUCAGGCUGUCAUCGCAAAUUAAAGAACGUGCUCUAAUACUUUGAAGAAAACACGAAGAGAGUUGAAAAGAAAAAGAGAAGCGAUUACGAAGGAAAAAGGAGCGUAUAAUCAAGAAAUAUCACGCUAUUGAAAAGCGGAUAAUAAUUGCCGACUAAAAAAGGUUCGAUCGACUUCUCGGCGGGAAAGUCCAAGGGAUCGCGGCAAGUUAUUUCAUCAGCGGCGAGCCUUGAAACGCCGAUCGAUCAUUCGAAGGAUAGCAACCUACCUCGCAAACCCUUCGAGAUACGUGAACGCCCUUGGCCCGAAUCGCGCCAUUAACAAACUCGAAAAAGCAACGAGCUUUUCUCUGCAUAUUCACUGCGAAUUGAAUGUUUACGCAAUAGGCGUUUAGAUUACCAAGCUGGGGCAAUCGCGCUUUGUCUCCGUGCGAUUCUCAACCGCACCCAACCAGUACAAAUCUCUUCCGCAGAUUUUCACUGACUAAUCCGAUUCUCCGAACAGUCCGCAGCUUACUUGGCAAGGAAAUUCCAAUUAAAGUUGUAAUCGUUCGACUUGCCGUACCGGCCCAUACCCGGUACAAGAUCACGUGAUCCGCGAGCGAAAUCAAGAAUAUCGCCGUUUAAUCCGCAUUUCACUCUCGAACAUUCAGUAACGUCAUGUACCUCGUAAUCUAAUAUACCUGAGCAAAGUAAUAUGAGCGGCGCGCGGAGUUCUCUCGGCGAUGAUUUAACUGAGAUUAAUGUGAAGCAAACCCAUGAAGCUCAUAACGAAGAUAGAGCUUAAGCAUCUGUCAUUUCUGGAUCCUCCUGGAUCUCUCAAAUACCGAACCAAAAAAGUACAUUUACGACGAAUAGGACGCAACGUUGUAAUAAUUUGUCAUAUCUUAUCAGUAAGGAUAAUUUUUUUAAAUUCAUAAGAUUAACAAGAUUAUAAUAAAUCCAUGGAUGAAAUUCUCCAAGAUGAAAUUGAAACAACUGCAUAAUGAGAUAUACCUGAUCAAUUUGAGUAUUCUAUAAUUAUUUGAAUAAAUGCGAAUAAACAUUAUUAGAUUACAAAGUACAUUGCGGAAAAUUUUUCAUAGCGGAGAAAUCGCAUGAAAAUAAACUGCUACUAGAGAUCGUAGUAAGACGUGACAGAUGAGGCGUGCUGAAAGUUCGCCACAAGUGAAAACGCGUAAAGAAGCCUAAGAAGCAUGCUCGUUGACAGCCGUGUCGAUAACCCCGAAAAUCGAUCCAUCAGUCGUAAUCACGAUACCUGCUCCCUCACGUAUAUUUAAUGUAACCUUCCAUUUGUGCGAGGCAGUGAACGUGACAUCUCAUAGAAACGAGCAUGAGAGGAAUACGUGCUCUCUCUCGAGUUAGCUGGCCAUAAUCUUCGAAACGUGAACUUUGACGUGAAAGAUGAAAAGCUUUUUCGUGGAAUACUUGCUCAACGAAAAGGCAUUUUAAAAAUCUCCAACUUGUGUCUUCUGCUACGGAGAAGCUACGUUAUUAUAAUCUCAUCGCCUGAAAAGUCUGGGAAUAGAAACAUCUAUCUUUUUUUUUUAGAUACCGAACUAUGACGUUUAAAGCAUUAUUAAUUUUUAAAACAUUAUUAACCAUUAGAAAUUUGAAGAUUCUGCGUGAGAUUUGAGGAAAAAUAAACUCGAGACUCACAUUUGAAACACUUAUGUUGUUAAUUACCACGUCUGAAUGAAUAUUUCAUCACAAAGGAAGCAAGGAGAAAUUUCCACGAUUCGUUAUUGUAGCAACUGUAUAAACUUGUUGCGAAUAUAAAUUGAAUCUUAGAAAUGAGACGUUAAAAAAAAAAGCAGAUUAAUGAUGUUGGUUAAGAAACAUACCGCGUUUCCGUUAUCUGCACCAGCGGAAACAUCGUAUCUUUGAAGCCAACGAGAUGUGUUUAUUCGGAAUCGUGACAAGAAAUUUAAAAUUGAACUUGCCUGGAAACAAUGCGUCAUUGUUAAUGCAAUCAGCUUAAUUAUUAUAGGCUGCCGCAAACACCGACGCCAUUCAUUUCAUUUUUACGCUUUGAAGCAUUCUUUAUGACAAAUAUUUCGGAGUGUGUUGAAAAAAUAAUAAAAGAUAAAGGUGUUGAAAAACUACGCAGUGGAAACUUGGCUGAAACUGGAGCAGGAAACUUAAUCGAUGCAACGCGAAGCGCGGAGGAAAGUACACGAAUAGCUCGAGUGGCUUGAUGCGCGGCGAUAUAUAUAUGUUACAUCAGUUCCUAUGUUUUCUGCGCGGAAGAACUACGGGGAUAGGUUGUAAAAUUUACGACGAAGAAAUACUGCGGCUGGAAAUCGCCUCGAGAGGAAACGUGCGCCCGUAAAAAUUGUACAGUGCGAAGCACGAAAGAAUACAGCGCAUUGGAAAGAGAGCAGAAAUUAUCACGCGGUACUUGUGCAUCUUCGCGUCUCUCGAUAAAAAGGACUGCAAUAAGGAAGUAACAAAAAAAAAAAAAAAGAAAAAAGAAAAGAAAGAGAAGAUUGAUAGUAAAAGAAAACGGUAGUGGGUCACAGCUGUCAGAGACAGCGUCGUGGAAUCUCUCUCCGAAUCAGUGCCCGAUUAAGCCAGAGAGUGGAAGUGCCAGAGGAGGGCUCGACGGCGCGCAAGAGCGGCCUUGUAUGCGGCCUCGUACGCCGAUUGAGCAGUGGCGGUAGUCGAUCGCGUCACCCCGUGAUCGCCUCGUGCGACGAGAGAAACGGGGGUCUGAGAAGGGAGUGCGGGCCCGUCAGGCCCGGCGGUAGCGGCGACAAGACGAGUCCCAGCGGCGAUUGCGCCCUCGUAACCGGGGAGCAAUUGGUGGUGAGAACCGAUAGCACCACGGUGUCCGCAUCCGCAGGGACCCCCCCUGGCCGCGGUACCCCGAGCCGACGGCCCAGUCGCGAUCUAAGCCCCUCGAAGAAGUCGGCGACCGGCCAGCAGGAUGCGGUGGCCAGCCACGGGGGCGGAGGUGGUGCCGGUACCGCGUCGUCGUCGUCCGGUGGUACUGGGCAAGAUUGGCGGAAGCUAGUCGGCAGCAUAAGGCGCAAGGUGCGCCGCAAGACCGCUCAGAAUAGUUCCAGCAUAUCUGAGGCCGCUCUGCAGGAAACGACUAAUCGUAAUCAGGAUGACUUCCUUAAGGCCGCCAUGAGGAUCUUCCUGGUGGUGUCGCCGCCGAUGGGACGUGUUCAGGUGCGUUCAAGAUCGCUGACCCAGCUGGAUGCUCUCAGCAGCAGUAUGUUGGACACGGGGGAGCAUCAUCUGGAAAGUGAUUCCUCGCAACAGCAACCCCAUCAUCUGCACCAGCAUCAGCAACCCCAUCAGCUGCAACACCAUCCCCUCAGUAUCGAGUGCAAUCGAUUUCUCGCACCGGGCGCAGCACCCGUCGAGAUUGUACACCCCAAUCGUACCAGGCACAAACUUUCGCGAUCUCAGGUGUCCAGUAACGAAUACUUCAGUGUCAGUUUUGAGGUAGGCGACGACAUCGCCGCAGCUUCCUUCGAACGCGAGGAAUUUCUGCCAGCUACGAGGGGAACUUACCUGGUGGAUGUACUGAAUCCAGUCUGUGAGCGUCGCGGCAUCGAUUUAUCGCGCGUCGAAGUUCUGGACAGCUCAUCGACGCCGUUAUCUCUGCUGACGACGGACGCUUCUACACUUGGUGGAAAGCAUCUACGAGUAACUUUUAAGGAUGAAAGAUCGAAUUCUCGAACGUCGAGUCAAAGAGGAAACCAGAAUGUACCAUUGCGGAAAACCAGUGGAAAUUAUCGAAGUCGAAGCGGUCGUUUCUUCAGCGUUUCCACCGAAGAUACGAACGUCGAUUCCGAGGUUGGUGGUGCCUGCGCGACACUUGCUUCUGGUCGGAGUUCCGCUGGGGCUGCGGGACUUAAAACCAGUAAGCAACGCUGGAGCGGGUUCUUCACCAACACCAAAGGUAUCAAGAUGGACCUCUUAACUGCCCAAUUGGACGAGUACAACAAACACGGCGUGCCGAAACCCGCGAAUAUUCAUUUUCAAUGUGAUCAUACGAUCAACGAAGAAGCACUCUAUAGUUUAGAGGAUGACUGGCGCAACAUCGUCGAGAAUUCUCACCUACUCUCGGAGAAACAAACACAGCAACAAACCGCUCUCUGGGAGUUGGCCGAAACCGAAGUGGCUUACAUUAAAACGUUAAAGGUCGUAACCGAUCUCUUCAUGGCGUGCCUCUGUAGCCUGCAGGCCUCGAAUAUCCUGAACGAGGUCGAUAGGUCAAAGCUCUUCAGCAAUAUACCCGAUAUCUACGCCGCUAAUCGCUACUUUUGGACUGAGUAUCUGCUCACGAUGGUGAAUGCGUCGAGAUCGAGCGGACAACCGCUCGAUCCCGGUCAUCUUCUGCUGGGCUUCGAAACUUUCGAGCAGACGUUCGCGCCUUACACGAGAUAUUGCGCCGAGCAAAGCAAGUGUCAGCAAUAUUGUAAGGAUCGGCUGAAUGAUAAUCAGCUUUUCACGGCGUAUCUAGUGUGGUGCGAAACGCAAAAGGAUUGCAACCGACUAAAACUUAUGGACAUACUAGUAAUGCCGAUGCAGAGGUUGACUAGAUAUUCGCUUCUGCUCAAAGCCGUUUAUAAAAAUACAGAAAACGAGGAACAACGUACGGAAUUAGUCCAUAUGAUUAAAUCUGUCGACGGUUUCGUGGCGUCCGUGAAUGCGGCCCUGAGGAGAAACGAGGAGGCUGCUCAGCUGGACAGCGCAGCCUCCCGUCUAGAAAGUUACGACGUUGUCGAAUCUAAAGGGCUCGAUGAGGAGGUGGAAAAACUAAUAAAACUGUACAGCAAUCUCGACAUUACCACGGUGCCGAUGCCCGGAUGCCCAAAGGACAGCUUAAGAACUCUUCUUCGAGAAGGAGAUUUGAAACUAAGAGAUGCCACCAGCAAGAUGGAAGUGCACGUGCUAUUAUUGACGGAUAUGCUGUUGAUUUGUAAACCUACAACGAAAAAAAUGUUCAAGAUCAUUAGGCAACCGUAUGUUGUCGAACGCAUACGAAUACACGAGGUCAAAGAACCAUCCAGUCUGGGAUUGGUUUAUCUUAACGAGUACGGGACAGUUUCGGCCGCUUUAAUCCUCAGCGCCGGUGACCCGAAACUAGCCAAGUCGUGGAUGGAGUCCUUAAGACACGCCCAACAACAAUUCGCAUUGAUGAAAGUACCGUCGCUCGGUACCGAGCCAGCAAUGAAUCUGGCAACUGUCAGCAGACAACCGAGUACAUUGGGUGAUGGCGAUUUCGAGGUAGAAGAAUGCGAGGGGAACUUUCCAAGAACUCCGCGUGGCAGUAGCAGAGCCUCGCAUGUUAGCAGUCUCGCUCAUAGCCAUAGCGGUAGUAUGGAAAUGGAAGGCGUGUCUCCGGGAAGCAGCAGUUUUCUUCCCAGUUAUAAUCCGAGCAGAAACGUCAGCGUGGAGACAAACGAACAACCGCGAGCAUCGAGUUCGUUGUCAUCGGAAGAGGGUGGCGAAUCUAGUUCCGGGCAUAAUCACAAAUUGCACAUAAGACGUUCGUUAUUGGGUAAAUCCCCGACACCGAACACGUUGAGUGUCCACGUACCGUAUUCGGGUCUGGGUCAAUCGCUACCAAAUUUGACGCUGGCCACCUCACCACAAACUUCCACUGUGUCGCCGACACCACCGAACUCUUUACUCAUCGUGCCACAGAUGACAAAGAGCAAGGAUACUCUGCUCUCACCAGGACACCGAGGUAGUAUAUCCUACCCACCGCCGUCACCGCCACGAGGUGCUCUUAGACGAGCAUUCGCGUUACCGCAAUCCCGAAAUCCGCCCUUGAUUAAAACAAGGCAUGUGAAUGCAUCCCUGACACAACCGGUGAUGCAGGCAACCACGAUAGGCAACUCCGACACUGAAGUUAUCGAGGAAAGACGGAGAAGGUUAGAUCCUUCGCAGAGAGUGCCGUCGACGAGUAGCGUCGUCGAAGAAAAGAAAUGACCUGCGAAUUGAUCUGCAAGAAGAAUUUCCGAAAGAAUGUAUGGUAUGGAUCACACCGCCGACAUAGAUGUACGUGAUAUGAAACGCUCGACGCGGAUAUACGUGAUAUGUAAUACUCGACGAGAUGCAUUCUUCUCUUUGACUCUAUGUGUGAGUGCUGCACACACUUUCACAUAGAAAAAAAAUUCGAGGAGCAUUGAUCUUCGAGAAUUGAUUGUCUCGCACUCUCUGGAAUUCUAUCUGGAAACGUAUCAAGCAAUUUUACAAUCGAUUGGGGCCAUUCGAAAUCAACGUGAAGUUUGUACCACGACCGUAAUGCUACUUUAUCUCGUUAUCCUUAUAUAGUAGAUGUUUCUUUAUAAUAUUUAUCCAAGUCUGAGUUGUUUAUGUUUAAUAUCGCAUUGCGGUGUUGAUCGCAUGCAAUAUUCAACAUUCAGACGAUUUAAACUUUUAAUCGACGAACAAAAAGGCCUACUUAGCAUAAUUACAUUAAGAUUACAUAGUGAGUGUGUAGGGCCGUCGUUGACAUUUAAGACGCCUUUAUAAAAAAAUUUAUUUAACAUUUUAGCGAAGAAAAAAUUUUUUUAGAGGAUGAGAAAUCGACAUUUAUCGAAAUCAUGGAAAUACAAUUUGGCUCAUCCAAUAUUUUCUAAUGUUCAAAGAAAGAAUUUCAAGUACAAUUGCCUUUUUCAGGUUCAACGAAUAAAUUAGUGAAGUAACACUAAAAUAUAGAAAGAUGUCCAAAAUAUUUUAAGAUAAAAGAAAUUUAAAACAACUUUAUUCUUGUGUUUAUUCUAAAAAAAAGAAAAGAAAAAAACACUUUAGAUUGACAUGCCGAAUUUGACGUUUAAGACACGCUUCUCUGAAACUGUUAUUAAAUAAAAUAAUAUGAUAUCAAAUUUGUUUGCGAAAAUUUGAAUAAGCAUCUUGAAUUUAGUCGAAAGAAAAGUAAAUUCCAUAAAAUAUUAUUUGAAACACAUAUAAUAUUUUUUAAACUUUAAAACUAUCUUUUCUCCCUUCGUGUACAUGGAACGCUUUUAUGCAAUGCACAAUUUGCAUAUUGUUGUGCGGCGGCUCUGGUGAAUGUUAGAAUUUAACGAUUUAAAAAUGAAUAAGUAAGUGAAAAAGUAAUAAACCUUUCGAGAAAGAUUUUACUUGAAACAAUCUUGAGCGUAACAAAUGAUUGAACGGAAUAUGCAUUAUUCGUAUGAGAUAUAAACAAAUGUAAGAGAGGAACUUAAUCAUAUUUAAAAUAGCAUCUUACCAUCCAAGCCACGUAACAUGCAAAUACAGUAAUCGAUCGGAAUUUAUUUCAAAACGAGAAUAACAUGUUAUGAUCAGAGAGAACACUAUUAGAAAAACUACCACGUUCUUUUUACAUUUAACUAUGUAUAUUCUUUACUCUCUACUAUAACAAACUCGCAUUCCAUUUAGUCAUUUUGUUACAUUCAUGAAAAAGGUUCGAUAACUAUUGUCGAAAUAUUGUGUAUCGUCAACAUGUCGUCAACGUGUGUGAUCGAAGAUUAUGAAAAAUGAGCUAUAAUGGAUCGUAAACAUUGCGUUAUUUCCUACAAAAUAGCACAAUUUAAGCAGCAAGACGAAGAAACGAAAAGAUAGGAGAAACACUGAAGGGAUAUUUAUUUUAUAAGUACAAAUUUGACUGGAAGAUUUUGUUCUAAGAUGAAAGAAUUGAUUUCAGGACCGAUUCUUGAAAUGCGUUAAUAAUUGGAUGGUGUAUUCAAGAAAUAAAUACCAGCUAUUUAGAGAUAACAUUAAAUACAAUAAUGCCAUCUAUAUAGAGACAUUAUGUAGAAAAAAAAGAAGGAGAGAGACAGGAAAAGAUAGAGCAAUGAUUUUAUACGAGCUCCUGUUGUCCGGUUACUCUCGUUCCCUUGAUUCGUAUUAUUUGCCCUUAAGUUUGAAGUAUUAAUUACUUCCAUAAAGAUACGAAUCGUAUGUAUGUACAAUUGUAAUCGAGAUUAAAAUAUAAUACAUAAUUUAUUAA